AUGCACGACACCAAACGGUCCAAGCAUGUAGGAACCGAAAAAAGAGAGCUACAGGUUCCCCGUGAAGAUGCAGUUCCAACUCACAUCGCCAUCAACUCACGGAUAUUAACUGACGUCAUAAGGCCAGAGAUAGAUUUCAGUUUGCCUGAAAAACAAACUAUAUUCAUUGCUCCUUUCAAGGGGAUCGUUGCUCACGAAGCGGCAAUUAGAGCAGCAUUCGAGCGACGAGCUGCGGACUGCGAGUCCGAGAAAGCUGGAAUGAACCGAGACAGUAUUGAUCCUGCAUCUACGGAUAAUGUUGAUAAAAGAGUCACGCAAACAGAUGAUGCAGGAUUAUCUCCCCGUAGGUCGAGCUUAGACCUUCUCAGAUGCCUCAUCGAGGUGAUGGACACUGAUCUGCGCUUCAUAUUCGAACUGCGACGCCAACUUCAGGAUGGGAGGACGUAUCAAGGGGGCAUCGCUUACAAGGAUCUGUGGCAUCUGUACAAACCAGGAGACAUCGUUGUAUCGAACCCUGCUGAACAUCCAGGCCCCCAACGAGCAUACAGUGUGCUUCAUGUCACAGGUGGGCGAGCUUCGUACGAGAAGCUACAUCCAACUACGCCCGAACCAGGAACAUCUACCGCAGUAUGGAGCAUCACUGAUGAAGUAGUCAAGGUAUCUUCGAGCAUAACACCGUUCGUUCUCGAUUGUGUCUAUAUUGACUAUGACGGAACAAAGUAUGGACCGCGAGCAAAAUGUGUCGCGCUGCAGGACUAUAAUGGUCUGAGGGCAAUCAAGUCCUUGGAGCUUUUUCCAAUCAGAUUCAGCCACGAGAUACGAGGUGACUAUGCAUCGCUAGUCCAGCGGGGAAAAAAGUAUGCAAGCUUGCGAGGUGGCGUUGCGAAACUCUACAGAGGACUCACUCUAGAGGAAAGGGUGGAGAAGACGGUCUUCGACGCGGCCGUUGAGGUCAACGGUGAAAUUAUCCUAGACCAAAAAGCGGGAAUCGAGUACUGCGAAAGCAAGCCUCGCUACGACAUGAGGUUUGGUGGUAGCAUUGUCGAAAAAGCUAGUAAGAUGGCAUUCUCCGAGAUAGAGAUAACAGGAUGUGGAAUUACCGGCUGUUCCACGUGUACCGACAUCUCUGUGGACGUCGAACUGGACACAAACGCAAGACUCUCAUUCAUUCGUUCGACUACACUUCUGAGAAAUGCUACCAAGGACGAGUUGACUGAUGAUCAUUAUGCUGUGCUGACACCACGGAUGUACGGGUACGCUUUGCAGGAACGGAAGUGGCACGCAUUCAACAUCGAGAAUGUACUAGAUCACGAAGUCGACUCGAACAAGCUCCAAGAUUCGAGCAAGUCGUUCGAAGACUUGGUUCUACCUUCGGCUCACAAGGUCCUGCUUAGAGCUCUCAUCAGUAAUCAGACGAGGCAAUUCCAACCCGCAUCAACAACUCCAACAGUUGACACUUCAAGCACUUUUGGAGACUCAGAAGACAUGUCGAUGGAUCUGGUCCGUGGUAAGGGGAAAGGUGUCAUCAUCUUGCUACACGGUGUGCCUGGAGUAGGCAAGACUUCUACAGCCGAAUGUGUCGCAUUCCAUCUGCGAAGGCCACUAUUCCCCAUCACAUGUGGCGAUCUUGGAGUCGAUGCAAAUACCUUUGAGUCGCGUCUCGAAGAAUAUUUCCGACUUGCAUCACAGUGGGGAUGCGUUCUUCUUCUGGACGAGGCCGAUGUUUUCCUAGCGAGACGAUCAGAAGAUCAGCUCAAGCGAAACGCACUUGUUUCUGUGUUUCUCAGAGUCCUCGAGUAUUACUCUGGCGUGCUGAUGCUUACCACAAACCGUGUCGGCUCGUUCGAUGAAGCAUUUCGCUCGCGUAUUCACAUUAGCCUUUACUACCCGAAGUUGGGCAAGAAAGAGACCACUAAGAUCUGGGAAAUGAAUCUCAGGCGUAUCGAAGAGGCUAAAGACGUCGACGUUGAUAUCGAUGAAGUAGGAAUCAGGGAGUUUUACAAGAAACACUGGAAUGCCAACGAGAAGAAGACAUCGCGACGUUGGAAUGGACGACAGAUCAAGAACGCAUUCCAAACAGCUCUUGCUUUGGCGAACUGGGACUUCCACGAGAACACAGACAGCAACUUGACACGGCCAAAGCUUAAAGCCAGUCACUUUAAGCAAGUCGCCAAAACCAGCAACCAUUUCGAUGAUUACUUAGCCGAGGUCUUCAGAGAGGGUGAAGAUCAGUAUGCUGACAUGUUUGCGAUGGUCGCGAAACGAGAAAGGUUAAGAAACGACACGGAUCGCGGCCAUAGAGCUAGUAAACAAAGUAGACGUCGCGAUCGCAGCUCAGACAGUAGCUCAGACAGUGCCAGUUCCGAAAGUGAACACACCAAGCGUAAGCAGUCUAAGAGGGAGAAAGAGAAGAGGGCCAGAUUAAAAGCAAAGAAGUCUGGGCUCUCGGACACGGCUUCGGAUGGGCUUUUGUCUGACAGUGAGAACAAAACCGAAUCUAGUGAUACUGAAUCCGAGAAGAGUCGCAGGAAGCGCAAGACACCUAAGAAAGACACGAAGAAGAGCAAAGGCAAGUCAAAGAAAGAGCCUCGCGCCGAAUCAAGGCAAGCGGAUGAUUCUGGAAGUGGCUAGAGUGACUGCUAGCAUCGCUUUGUAACGCCAUCGUAGCGAUCUCUUUUGUUUGUUCAUUGGACGUACUCGGUGUCCAACUUUACUUUAUUCAUAAUUAACGAGUAACGAACAUUUCUUCACUGUUAAGGUUCUCUCUCAGCAG